AUGAGGAAUCAAUCAGUGGUAACCGAGUUCAUCCUUCUGGGAAUACCCCACACUGAGGGGCUAGAAGCUGAGCUCUUUUUCCUAUUUCUGACAUUCUACCUCCUCACUUUACUGGGGAACCUGAUCAUCUUCAUGGCCAUCAUCUCUUCUUCCCAGCUUCACACCCCUAUGUAUUUCUUCCUGGCAAACCUAUCUGUGUUUGACAUAUUUUUUCCUUCAGUAAGCUCUCCCAAAAUGAUGCUCUACCUCAUGGGAAGUAGCCAUGCCAUCUCUUUUCAGGGCUGUGCAUCCCAAAUAUUCUUCUAUCAUUGCUUGGGAGGAACUGAGUGUUUUCUUUAUACCGUGAUGGCAUAUGACCGCUUUGUAGCCAUCUGUCACCCACUGAGGUAUACAGUCAUUAUGAACCACAAAGUAUGUGCUAUUUUAACCAUAGGCACCUGGCUGGGGGGCUGUUUUCAUUCAACUAUCCUUACAUUUCUCACCUUCAGACUACCCUAUUGUGGUCCCAAUGAAGUAAACUAUUUCUUCUGUGAUAUCCCUAUAGUGUUGCCCUUGGCUUGUGCAGAUACUUCUCUAGCCCAGAUGGUGAGUUUCACCAACGUUGGCCUUAUGCCUCUUAUAUGUUUCUUAUUCAUUUUUAUUUCCUACAUUCGCAUAGUACUCUCCAUACUGAAAAUCCGCUCAUCGGAGGGCAGACGCAGAGCCUUCUCUACCUGCAGUGCCCACUUGACUUCUAUCCUCUUGUUCUAUGGGCCUGUCAUUCUAAUCUACCUUGGACCUGCUUCUAAUCCUUGGCUGGGUUCUGUGAUUCAGGUUCUGAAUAAUAUUGUCACCCCUUCCCUGAACCCUUUGAUAUAUAGCCUGAGGAACAAGGAUGUUAAAUUAGCUCUGAGAAAAGUUUUUUACCAAGUGGUAAAUACCUCAUGGGUUUAG